AUGGAAAUUUUGUGGAAGACGGUGACCUGGAUUUUGAGCCUCAUCAUGGCUUCAUCGGAAUUUCAUAGUGACCACAGGCUUUCAUACAGUUCUCAAGAGGAAUUCCUAACUUAUCUAGAACACUACCAGCUAACUAUUCCAAUAAGGGUUGAUCAAAAUGGAGCUUUUCUCAGCUUUACUGUGAAAAAUGAUAAACACUCCAGGAGAAGACGGAGUAUGGACCCUAUUGACCCACAGCAGGCAGUAUCUAAAUUAUUUUUUAAACUUUCAGCCUAUGGCAAGCACUUUCACCUAAACUUGACUCUCAACACAGACUUUGUGUCCAAACAUUUUACAGUUGAAUAUUGGGGGAAAGAUGGACCCCAGUGGAAACAUGAUUUUUUAGACAACUGUCAUUACACAGGAUACUUGCAAGAUCAACGUAGUACAACUAAAGUGGCUUUAAGCAACUGUGUUGGGUUGCAUGGUGUUAUUGCUACAGAAGAUGAAGAAUAUUUUAUUGAACCAUUAAAAAACACAACAGAGGAUUCUAAACAUUUUAGUUAUGAAAAUGGCCAUCCUCAUGUUAUUUACAAAAAGUCUACCCUUCGGCAGCGACAUCUGUAUGACCACUCUCAUUGCGGGGUUUCUGACCUACUAAGAAGUGGCAAACCUUGGUGGCUAAAUGAUACAUCUGCUUUUCCUUCUUCACUACCAAUUAAUGGCACACAUAACCACCACAGAGAGAAGAGAUCAGUAAGCAUUGAGCGGUUUGUGGAGACAUUAGUAGUGGCAGACAAAAUGAUGGUGGGCUACCAUGGCCGCAAAGACAUUGAACAUUACAUUUUGAGUGUGAUGAAUAUUGUUGCCAAACUUUACCGUGAUUCCAGCCUAGGAAACGUUGUGAAUAUUAUAGUGGCCCGCUUAAUCGUUCUCACAGAAGAUCAGCCAAACUUGGAGAUAAACCACCAUGCAGACAAGUCUCUCGAUAGCUUCUGUAAAUGGCAGAAAUCCAUUCUCUCCCACCAAAGUGAUGGAAACACCAUUCCAGAAAAUGGGAUUGCCCACCACGAUAAUGCUGUUCUUAUUACUAGAUAUGAUAUCUGCACUUACAAAAAUAAGCCCUGCGGAACACUGGGCUUGGCCUCUGUGGCUGGAAUGUGUGAGCCUGAAAGGAGCUGCAGCAUUAAUGAAGACAUUGGCCUGGGUUCAGCUUUUACCAUUGCACAUGAGAUUGGUCACAAUUUUGGUAUGAACCAUGAUGGAAUUGGAAAUUCUUGCGGGACGAAAGGUCAUGAAGCAGCAAAGCUUAUGGCCGCUCACAUUACUGCAAAUACCAAUCCAUUUUCCUGGUCCGCCUGCAGUCGAGAUUAUAUCACCAGUUUUCUAGAUUCAGGCCGUGGUACUUGCCUUGAUAAUGAGCCUCCCAAGCGUGACUUUCUUUAUCCAGCUGUGGCCCCAGGUCAGGUGUAUGAUGCCGAUGAGCAAUGCCGUUUCCAGUAUGGAGCAACAUCCCGCCAAUGUAAAUAUGGGGAAGUGUGUAGAGAGCUCUGGUGUCUCAGCAAAAGCAACCGCUGUGUCACCAACAGUAUUCCUGCAGCUGAGGGAACACUCUGUCAAACUGGGAAUAUUGAAAAAGGGUGGUGUUAUCAGGGAGAUUGUGUUCCUUUUGGCACUUGGCCCCAGAGCAUAGAUGGGGGCUGGGGUCCCUGGUCACUGUGGGGAGAGUGCAGCAGGACCUGCGGGGGCGGCGUCUCCUCAUCCCUAAGACACUGUGACAGUCCAGCACCUUCAGGAGGUGGAAAAUACUGCCUUGGGGAAAGAAAACGGUAUCGCUCCUGUAACACAGAUCCAUGUCCUUUGGGGGCCCGAGAUUUUCGAGAGAAACAGUGUGCAGACUUUGACAAUAUGCCUUUCCGUGGAAAGUAUUAUAACUGGAAACCCUAUACUGGAGGUGGGGUAAAACCUUGCGCAUUAAACUGCUUGGCUGAAGGUUAUAAUUUCUACACUGAACGUGCCCCUGCAGUGAUUGAUGGGACUCAGUGCAAUGCGGAUUCACUGGAUAUCUGUAUCAACGGAGAAUGCAAGCAUGUAGGUUGUGAUAAUAUUUUGGGAUCCGAUGCUAGGGAAGAUAGAUGUCGAGUCUGUGGAGGGGAUGGAAGCACAUGUGAUGCCAUUGAAGGGUUCUUCAAUGAUUCGUUGCCCAGAGGAGGCUACAUGGAGGUUGUGCAGAUACCAAGAGGUUCUGUUCAUAUUGAAGUCAAAGAAGUUUCUGUAUCAAAGAACUAUAUUGCUUUGAAAUCUGAAGGAGAUGAUUACUAUAUUAAUGGUGCUUGGACUAUUGACUGGCCUAGGAAGUUUGAUGUUGCUGGGACAGCUUUUCACUACAAGAGACCAACAGAUGAACCAGAAUCCUUGGAAGCUCUAGGUCCCACUUCAGAAAAUCUGAUUGUCAUGGUUCUACUUCAGGAACAGAAUUUGGGAAUUAGGUAUAAAUUCAACGUUCCUAUCACUCGGACUGGCAGUGGGGACAAUGAAGUUGGUUUUACAUGGCAUCAUCAGCCCUGGUCAGAAUGCUCAGCUACUUGUGCUGGAGGUGUCCAAAGACAGGAGCUGGUCUGUAAAAGGUUGGAUGACAACUCCAUUGUCCAGAACAAUUACUGUGACCCUGACAGUAAACCACCUGAAAAUCAAAGAGCCUGCAACACUGAGCCCUGCCCACCAGAGUGGUUCAUUGGGGACUGGCUGGAGUGCAGCAAGACUUGUGAUGGUGGGAUGCGCUCCAGGGCAGUGCUCUGCAUCAGGAAGGUCGGGCCUUCUGAGGAGGAGACACUGGACUACAGUGGUUGUUUAACACACCGGCCUAUUGAAAAAGAGCCCUGCAACAACCAGACAUGCCCACCUCAGUGGGUGGCUUUGGACUGGUCAGAAUGCACUCCCAAAUGUGGCCCAGGAUUCAAGCAUCGAAUUGUUCUGUGCAAGAGCAGUGACCUCUCUAAAACAUUCCCAGCUGCACAAUGUCCAGAGGAAAGCAAGCCCCCUGUCCGCCUCCGCUGCAGCUUGGGCCGCUGCCCUCCUCCUCGCUGGGUGACAGGAGACUGGGGCCAGUGCUCUGCUCAGUGUGGCCUUGGACAGCAAAUGCGGACGGUGCAAUGUCUCUCCUACACUGGACAGGUAUCUAGUGACUGUCCAGAAACUGUUCGCCCUCCAUCAAUGCAGCAGUGUGAAAGCAAAUGUGACAGUACCCCCAUUUCCAAUACUGAAGAGUGCAAAGAUGUGAACAAAGUGGCUUAUUGCCCACUGGUGCUGAAGUUCAAGUUCUGCAGUCGAGCAUACUUCAGACAGAUGUGUUGUAAGACCUGCCAAGGACACUAACCCACGGAAAGCCAGAGAGAGCCUUGUCAUUUCAUCGUGGAAAUGUGUCUGUCGUAGAGAGCCACCCCAAGGAAGAGGACUGAUGUCCUUACGAAUGCAUUACCCUGUGGAGAACGUAACCACUGGUCAGCUGUAGCUGACAGGAUUUCAAUAUUAUUUUAACUUCUGUGAAGUGGGAUUUAUUGAUCCAAAGUGCUGGACACGGUAGUAGGAGGGAAUGCCAGAUUGGAGAGAUCCAAACAACACAGGGAGACUUGCUUGCUGUGGAAUGUUUGUGUUCUUUCGAGUAAAUCCAAUAGCCUGUUU